AUGGAUACCGACGAGUCCAAAGAAAAUGAUAUGGAAGAACUACCUUAUAAAUAUGAAGUGUUUUCUUCAAUCUUACUAAAAAAUAAUAUUAUAAAUAAUUUGAAUUGUCAUAGAAAUGAAGAUAAGCCAAAUUUAAAUAUUCAAUUUUCUGAUGAUAUAACAAUAAAAAAAAAUGUAAAAAGUAGAAAAGGAAAACGACGAAAAAGAAAAAGAAGGGGAAGAAUAAUAAAAUAUGGGAAUAGUGAUAUUUUAUAUUUUUCAGUUAUUAGAAUUAAAAAAGGAUACCACAUUCGAAAUACAUUUAGCAUACUAGAAAAAUCAGUAAAGACAAAAAUCCAAAAAAUGGAAAAAAUACAAACUAAGAUUCAAUUAUCGACGAAAAAUGAGCAACUGAAUAUUAAUAAAGAAAAUAAAAACAGAGAAAACAAUUUAGACAAAUUUUUGAGACUAAAUAAUAAUUCUAGAUUAUUAUAUAAUCUAAUAAAUGAUGUAUAUAGAUAUAUAAAUUUUGAAUUAGUAAUUGACCGUAAAAGAUGCUACCAAUGCUUUUUAUUGAAACAUGAUAAAAUAAAUAAAUAUUCUAUAAAACUUAUUUCUUUAUAUAAAUAUUUACAUAUAGUGAAAAAAAAAAUAAGCCAGAUGGACAUAUACAGAAAUGAUUGUAAAAUAGAAAAAAAAAAAAACAAUUUCAUUUUUAAUUAUGGUUUUUAUAGCAAAAAGGGAAGGUAUCAUGAAAAUGAGGAUACAAGUUCUCAUGCCAUGUUUAGUUCAUAUAAAAUAUAUAAUGAGGUCAGUAAAUUUAUUAAUUCGUUAAAAGAAAAAAAUAAAAGCUGGAAUAUUAAGUAUAACCUAUUAGAAGAUAUUUUUAAACUAUUAAAAUUGAAGCCUACUAAUAAGCAUAAUAGUGAAUCCAAAUUUUCUGGUACGGAUAGUGAUGAAUACUAUGAAGAAGGCAACUGGGAAGGUAAAAAUAGUGGAAAUAGUAAAGCUAGUAAAGCUAGUAAAGCUAGUAAAGCUAAUAAAACUAAUAAACGUCGUGGAAAUGGUGAAAAUGAUGGAAAUAGAAAAAACAUAUUUCAUAGCAAAAACAGUGAAAAAAUUUACCUAAAAUUUACAUUACCAACAUAUUAUUUAAUUCAAAAGACCCAUAACAAUGCAGAAGAAGAGAACUAUGAUAUGAUAUGCAAUUACUUUUUCUAUGACCAAAAUAAUAAGAAGAAAUAUAUAAUAAAAAGAAAAAAUAAAAAAAAUAAAGUUGGUGAUUUUGAUCCUUAUAAGUUAAAUGUUAUAAAUUAUGGUGUUGAAAGAUCACAAAUGUUACCAAACGACCAAGAAGAAAACUACUAUACGUAUAAUGAAAAUUUAAAGAAAUUUCCAAAUGUUAAAUUUGUUUGCAAAGCAUGCAAAAAAUGGGAGUGUAUAAAAAGUAACGACAAAUAUAAUUUUUGCUACUUUAAUUAUUUAUUUAAGCAUUCGAAUAAUGCAAAAAAAAAUAUAAAAAAAAAUAAUAAUAUUAUUUAUAAUGCACACAAUUCAGAUGAUUUUACCGUUUCAGACGAAUUUGAAUAUUUACAUUAUUACAAUAAAAAUAAAAAUAAAAAUAAUGAGCGUCUCUUUUCAAAUGUUAUUUGCGAAAAUGACGACGUGUCUAGUAGUAAUAAUAAACGUAUUACUGAUCAUGAUAAAAUCGAAUUAUUUUCUGACUCGGCUAGGAAUAAUAUUAAUUGUUCAUAUAAAAUUGAAAAUGUAGAAGAAAAGGAAAAAGGAGAAGAUCAAAUAAUUAAAAAACAUCAUGAUAAUGUAAAAUACGAAUUAAUGAAUGAAGAGUUUACAUUAAAUGAUUAUAUGAUCGAGUGUAAAACUUGUCGGCAUUUUAGAAUGUAUGAUAACUUACCAAAUAAUUAUUUCACAGACAUGUUUUUUAAUGAACAUGGUAGCUUAAAAUGUCAAAAUUCUAUGAACAAAUCAGGUAAAAGUAUAUUUUGCAAUAUCCCAAUAAUUUGUAAUCAGAAUGAUAAUGAAAUAGAAUAUAUAAAAAAUAGUAAAACUAACGAAUAUAAAACCAAUUGUUGUUUAAAAAAUAUAAGAAAUAACAAUUUCUUCAAAUCGAUGAUCUCUUAUUUAUAUUCUGAUGUAGAAUUUUAUGAAAAAGAAAAAAAAAAAAUUUUUUUAUAUAAUAAAAAUAAAGUUUAUACAACAAAUAAACAUACCAAUAUACUAUCGGUUAUGGAAAAAGGAGAUUGUCCAAAUGAUCAACCAAAAAAAGAAAUGGAUAUAAUUUUUAGUUCAGUAACGAAUUUAAAAAAACAAAAGAAAGAAUAUUUUGAUGAUAUAAAAAGAAAAAUGUUUGUAAACUAUUAUAAAAAUACUAUAAAAAGAAAUUCAGAAAAUAAACAGAGUAAAGAACAAAAUGAUAAAGACAAUAAUAUAAAUAUUUUAGAAAAAAUACCUACUCAGUUUGAUAUGCAUUUAUUUACAAUAUGUGAUGGUCAUACUGAUUCAAAUGCUUCCAUUUUUUUAAUUCAAAAUGUUCAUAAAUUAUUUUAUUAUCUUUUAAUUUAUACAUUUUUUAAUAUUCACAUGUCUUUAAAACUUUUACAUCCCCUACUUGAUAUCUUAUAUUAUAAAUAUACAUUGGAUAAUAAUUUAAAGACUUUUUCUGGGUCAUGUAUUAUUAAUGUGUUACUUAGGAAAAAUCAUAUAUAUGUAAAUAAUACUGGGGAUAGUAAAUGUGCUAUUAUGACAUUUGAUAUGGAAAAAUUUGCAUACACGAACUCAAUGAGUAAUACAUUGAAAAAAGAGAAGAAUAAAAAAAAAAAUAAAAAAAAAAAUAAAAGUGAUGUUGAGAAAAAUAAUAUAUUUUCUAAACCCUCAAAUAGCGAAGUAACUAACUAUAAAAACUAUAUUAUUAAUGAAGAAUCGAUCUCAUAUAAUGAAUUAAAUUCUGAACAUAAUUGCAAUAGCUAUAUGGAAUAUCUUAGAAUGUAUAAAUUAAAUUUUUAUGAUAAUUUAAAAAAGGAUUAUUUGAUCUCAAAAAUGGAAAAAAAUAAAGAAAAGUUAAAACAAAAAGUUGAAAAUAUAAAAUGUGAUAAAAAGGAAUUACAUAAAGAAAAAAUUACAACAACCGAUUAUCAAAUUAAAAUUAAAGAGACAGAAGAGGUAUCAAAUAUUAAGAAUUUCAGUAAUGAUAAUAAAAAGAAGAAAGGAAAAAAGACAAAAGAAAGAGAGGAAAAUGUUUCGAUAAGCAAUGAUUUAAAAGAUUGGAUCAUAAAAAUAAAUAAAUAUAUUUUAAAAGAAGAUGGAAAACAAAUAAAUAUAGGUAAUGUCCCUUUUAAUUUAAUUCAAUUUAACAGAUUAUAUGGAUGUUUACAUCCAUGUCGAGUAAUAGGUGAUUAUGAUUUAAAAGAGAAAGGUAGGGAUUUAAACGGGAAAGGUAGCGAUUCAAACGGGAAAGGUAGCGAUUCAAACGGGAAAGGUAGCGAUUUAAAAGAGAAAUGUACCGAUUUAAAAGAGAAAUGUACCGAUUCAAACGGGAAAUGCACCGAUUCAAACGGGAAAGGUAAUGUUUCGGAUUUUAUUUUGUCUAACAAUUCUAAUAUAUAUAAAUAUGACAUGAAUAAUAUAAAUUUGAUAAAUAAUAUUCAUUAUAUUUAUAAAAUACAAAAAUGUAUAAAUUGCAAAAUUAUAUAUUUAUUGAAUAGUUAUGGAAAAAUAAAUUCGAUUAGAAACAUUUCUUUACUUAAUAUGAAAAAUGAAUUAUGUCAAAAUAAUAACAUCUUUGUAAAUUAUAUUGAAAAAGAACAAACAGACAAUUAUUGUAAUAAUGUGAUAGAUAAAUAUGAAAGUUAUAAUUCCUCUGAAAAAAAACUUGAAAGUUUUAUAACCAUUUAUAAAGACAAUGAAAAUAUUAAUGACUCUAAAAAAAUGGGAAAAAAAAAUAUUAACUUAUGUUUAAAUGAAUCCGUAUCUCCAUAUUUACAUAUUAAAAAUAAUUCGUUAAAUAAAAAUUAUGUAUAUCGAUCAGGAAAAAAUGAAAACAAACAUUUUUUUCAUUUGCUAAUUAUCGCAUCGGAUGGUGUUUUUGAAUUUCUUAAUCCGAUUUAUGUUUUAAAUAUAAUAAAAAAGAAUAAACCUAUUUAUAAAAAAAUACAAAAAAUUUAUCAUAUUUACAACAUGCAUAUAAAUAAUCGAGAUUCAAAAAACAGCGAUAUAAAUUAUAUGUUACAUACAUGUAUGUUUACUAAAAAAGAAUGCACACAGCUCGCUAAAAAUAUUGUUAAGAGCACAAUUACUAGUGGAAAUCUUGAUGACAGUACAUGUUUUUGUAUUUUUUUGUUUCCUACAAUGUUUUUUCAAAAUUAA